AUGCCCGUUCCGGUUGAGCUCUGCCUUCGUCGGCGGGCGAUGCUCGCGAUGACGACGGCAGCCGCGACAGCUCCCUCGCGGCGUGUACACGCCAUCAGAGGCGUCGCUCUUCGGCAGAUUAGCGGCUCUGCCGCGCGGUUGGAGAUGGCUAGACGACCUCCGCCCCAGCACCAUCGAACCGCGACGGCGACGGCAACGGCAACGGCGACAGGCCGCUCCUGGGAUGCGAAAACACUGAAUGCCCCUCGCUCGAGACGGAAAGAACGGACCUUGGCCCUGUUUAAGAGCGUCGUUGGUGGAACUACUGAGGAGGGCCUGGGUGGUGAAGCCGUGGACCGGGCCGCGCAGCGCGUGACCGAGGUCGCGUUCCUCAUGAGGGCGGGCCAGAUGACGGCGGAGCAGGCGUGGACGGCGGUCAAGGAGGAGAUAUUACCGGCUCUCGGGGACCCGGACAAGAUAUAUGCCGAGUUGGCGACGGGGCUGAGGGGUGUGCUGGAGGCCAUCCUCGAGGCGAGAAGCGAAGGGCUCGAGGACAAGGCCCUCCCCACCGGGAAGGAGGUUGCUGAAGUGUAUCUUGAUUAUGGCAAGGCUCGCAACCUUAGGCCACUUCUACGUCUCGUGAGGGCUACUCUAGAGCAUGCAGUCCAGGCCGAGUCGACGGCCCUUCUCCCCGCUGUUGAGGAGGUUGUGGGGUUGUGGACGGUCAUCUUCAGCGAGCGCCAGGCAGCACGGAGGGACGUGGUCAAAGUACCUUCGCUUAAGAGCCCCAAGGUGCAGCGUCUCCUGUGGGUACCGGACGCCUUCGGCGCGGUCGUCCGGAGCUUAGUCGCCCGCGCCCCGGCCGUCGAGGCAGCGGGGAUCCCCGCCCUCUUACUGACUACGUUUACCUUAGUUGAAAAGGCUGGGCUAUGCGAGAGCGAGACGAUCAAGCCCAUCGCUCCUCUCCUCGAACUCUUGGAAAACGUCAUGGCGUCGGUCUGGAUGAAUCCUAAGGAGGAGGCGCUGCUCGAAUUCCGAGGCCAGUCCGACAAGCUGCGUGCUUACGUAGCGUCCAAUAUCGACCUUUUGCUACAGCGGACGACGGCCAUCGCGUUGACGCCGGCUCAGUUUCAUCGGCGCCUUUCCCGCGCUUUCAGGGUCCGCAACCUCGAUCAGAUUCGACGGAUAUGGGACGAACUCGCCGCGCAGAUACUCGAGAGUCGGGUGCAGCCGGGAACGGAGGAGCACAAGAAAUUUGCGGACCCGCUGAACUUUUGCGUCUUCAUCUGGUGUGCGCUGGGCCAGGACGACAUCGACACCGUUCUCGGCUUUAUGAACCAAAACGGCUUUGACCUCACACUAGUCACAAACAUUGGCCUCCUCUGGGACAAGCUCGUCAAGGACGGUACUCCCUUGGACGCGGUGAUUUGGUCGGCGAGGAUCUCGGCGCUCAUGGCGUGCGGGUUCGAGAAGCCGGCCCUACGCGCGCUCCACGAGAUGGGCCAAGCCUGGGAUGCAGCCGUAAAAUCCGGCCACGCGGGAGACGCUGUCAGGCCAGAAAUCGGCCCGGUCAAUGCGGCGCUGUCGGGGAUCCUGCGAUCCAAGGGUGUCAAGGCGGCGCCGGCCGUCCUGUCGUGGGCGGCGAAAUACGAGGUGGAGCCUGACAUCAUUACCUACAAUAUGCUGCUGAAGGCGAUGCUCAAGGAAGGCCUUGCCGAAGAGACGGGUGGCCUCUUGCGGGAAAUGAACGGGCGAGGCAUCGCAGCGGACGCGGCCACGUUUACCAUCAUUGUGGAAGAGGCCUUGAGCGCGGCCGUGGGCAAGACGGAAGAAGAGCAGCUCGCCGCGGUCCAAGCCAUUUUUGCGGCCAUCGAGGCGUCCCGCCAGAAACCUAAGCUCGCUACGUACGCCAAGAUGAUUCACGUCCUGCUCGACCCGCCGGCCCACCACCCCAGCCACGGCCACCAGCCGGGGAGCGGCGCCGGGGAGGCCGUCAAGGCCGUCCUAGAGCACAUGGAGCACCACGGCGUGCUUCCGUCCUCGCACAUCUUCACCAUCGUGGCGGAGCACCACUUCUCGCGCGGCAAUGCCGAGGCCGUGCGCGCCAUGAUCGAGUCGUGGCACCUGGAGGCGGCGCCCGCGGAGACGUCGGGCAAGGUGGACCGCGUGUUUUGGGAAGUGGUGAUUCGGGGCUACGCGCGCGCGGGGCUGGCGCAGGAGGCCAAGGAGGUCUUUUUCCGCAUGGGCAACAACGUCCGGCGCGUCGCGCUCGGGGUGCUGGACCAGCUCCUCGUCGCGCUCUUGGACGAGGGCGACGUCGCGGGCGCGAGGGACCUCGUUGCGUCGGUCAAGGAGAGGAAGGCGGGGAUGGAUGCCGAGGAGUGGGGGAUGAUGAGGGCGAUAGGUUCGCUCUCUUACCCUUCGCUCCUCCUCCAAGACGACGCACCGCCGGGUCUCCGCCAUCCCGCAGCUGAAAUGCGUCUCCCCGCCGCCAUUUGCGCCCUCCACCGCAUCGACGUCAUGCGCUGCACGAACCAAGGCUCCUCAUAUUCUGACGAGGACAUCCAGUGGUCUUGCAAGGCGGAGCUGCCUCAGGAGCUACGCCUUGGCUCUACAGAGGUUAUCUGCGAGGGCUACGAUUCUCCCGAUGACCCCUAUGUCCUCAAAGGCAGCUGCGGUGUCGAGUACCGGCUCGUGCUAACGGAGAAGGGCGAGGUGCGUUACCCAGACAUCACUAAUAGCUGGUCCUCGAGCCAGAGCGAAUGGAAUACCGGAUCUUAUGUUUUUAUCGCCAUUUUUGUCGCCGUUCUAGCGUGGAUCCUCUAUUCCGCUUUCUUCGCGGCCAGAGACGUCCGCCGGGGCGCCAAUUAUCCCGGACGGGGUGCGGGUGGCGGCUUUUGGCCCGGUGGUGGAGGCGGAGGUGACGGUCCUGGAGGCUGGGGUCCUGGUUGGGGUCCUGGAGGAGACCACGACCCUCCUCCUCCUUAUCCCGGACACAAGCCCGCCGCGCCUGGAAGCGCGGGGCAGGGAUGGCAGCCUGGCUUUUGGUCGGGCCUCGCGGGCGGGCUGCCGCGACCUAUCUAG